AUGAUGAAUGAUGAUGAUGAUGAUGCAUUGAUGUUAUCGGAGAGUGAUCAGAUGAAAUUAGAUGUAUUUAUGGAAAUGUUUCAUUUUGUGCAAAUAAUCGUAUUAAUUACUUUCGCUAUUUGUACAAUUUUGGGGAACACAUUGGUUUUGGUGGCGACUUGGAGAGAAAGAAGUCUUCAUCAACCAAAUAAAUACUUUAUUGCUUGUCUGGCUAUCGCAGAUUUGUUGGUUGGUAUGAUUUUAGAACCAUUAGAGCUGUACCAAAACACCUUGGAUGGUGAAUGGCAACGUACCAGGUCUAUUCACCUAUGUCGUUUUAUGGUGUGGAUAGAUACCUUCGCGUUAUCAGCAUCUAUUUAUACACUGACAUUUAUCAGUUUUGACCGAUAUCUCAAGAUCACGAAGCCACUUCAAUAUAGAGUCAGAAUGACAACUUCCAAAUCAUUGAAAAUUAUCUUUGUCAUUUGGUUGCUUACAACUGCCUUUGCCACCUACGCCGCCACUCCUAAUUCAGGAAGCCUGGGAAUCUUGGCUACAAGCGAGGAGCAUUGCAGUCCUGUUGAUGAUAAUAAGAUAACAGAAUUCUAUACUUUUCUGGCAGUAUGUGCAUUUUUUCUACCCACCGUGGUCAUACUUGUUAUGUAUGCUCUUAUUUUUGUUGUUGUUCAUAAACGACAGAAGAUGCUGAGAAAUGGGGAACUGGGUCAAACCUGCAAUGAUCGGAACCAACGACGUGCCUUUCUUCAAGAUCUGAAGACUAUUCGAAUGCUAUUGGUUGUCGUUGGAGUGUUUGUACUUUGUUGGGGCCCUUACUUUAUUUGUCUGUUUUGCUAUCCAAAUUCUGCUGAUAGCGAUAACCGCUCAUUAAGUUACUGGUAUUUGGUCCAUGCAGGUGGAGUAGUAGUAAAGACACUCCCACUCUUUAACAGUCUAUGUAAUCCAAUAAUCUAUGCCUGUCUGGAUCAAAC